UGUAUGAGGCUAACCAGCGCCUUGUGUCUGUUCCGCCGGGUUGGCUGUUUGAGUGUGUGUGUUCAUUAUUUACCUUCUCUUUAUUAUUUUUGCAUCGGAAACUGUUAUUUUAAUAGUAACUACAAAGUACUUUAAAAUAUUGCAUGUUCUUUAAUCACAUUCAUUUCUGUUGCUCACCAUGAACAGGACACCGCUGAAACGAUCGAAUAUUCUCAAAAUGGCGUUGUCCAACUUGGAGCAGGGCAGUUCCGAGUCUUUUAUAACGAAAGCAGUGAGAAUUGCGUGUGUGGUGGCUAUGUACUGGUUUACCUCGAUCACGAUGGUCUUCCUAAACAAAUACUUGUUGGACAGCCCGGAUCUGAAACUGGACGCGCCAUUAUUUGUCACAUUCUUCCAGUGUUUGGUGACAGUGUUACUUUGCUGGCUGCUGAAUCUGCUUAGCGUUUUGUGCCCAAGUGUGGUGGAGUUUCCUUCAAUUGGGUUCGACCCCAAGAUUUCCAGAGGGGUUCUUCCUUUGUCCCUAGUCUUUAUCGGAAUGAUUACUUUCAACAAUCUGUGCCUCAAGUACGUCGGAGUGGCGUUCUACAAUGUUGGGCGUUCCUUGACUACUGUAUUCAACGUCCUGCUGUCCUAUGUGAUACUCAAACAAACUACAUCACUCAGAGCCAUAUUGUGUUGUGGGGUCAUUAUAGGUGGUUUUUGCCUGGGAUUAAAUCAGGAAGGUGCAACAGGCAGUCUGUCCUGGGCCGGAGUAACGUUUGGUGUGAUUGCCAGUUUGUGUGUGUCCCUGAAUGCCAUAUACACAAAGAAGGUUUUGCCAGCUGUAGAUGGCAGCAUCUGGAAAUUAACCUACUACAACAAUGUCAACGCCUGUAUACUCUUUAUUCCAUUAAUUACAAUCACUGGGGAACUGAAAACAUUGUACCUCUUUGACAAAAUGAGCAGCACUAGUUUUUGGGGUGUAAUGACUUUGGGAGGUAUGUUUGGUUUUGCUAUUGGAUAUGUUACAGGGCUGCAGAUUAAAUUCACCAGUCCCUUGACACACAACGUCUCUGGUACUGCCAAAGCGUGUGCACAGACUGUUCUGGCAGUGUUUUACUAUGAAGAACUAAAGACCUUUCUCUGGUGGACUAGUAACAUACUGGUCCUUUUUGGAUCCUUUGCAUACACCUGGGUAAAGGGAUUAGAGAUGAAGAAAGUGCAAGAUGAAACAGCGAAUAGAAAUCAUGAGAAGAAUGAAACUGGAGUCUAAAAUAUGGGUAUUCAGUUAGACUUUGUCUACAGUGGAAGCUUGAUUGUAUGCCAUGAUGGAGGAGAGUCUGGGUGGUCAGGGAAUGGAAAGUGGCAAACGUUCAAAUUUGCACAACUAUCACCUUUUGGAGCACUCCUUCCUCAAUCAAUAUGAGCUGACCUCUUCUCAUCUAAGUUUCCCUCUCUACUGCCAAUGACUGGAAGUAGACACUAACACAUCAUGUGCCCCAUGGGGCAAUCACUGCAGCCUCCACAGUGCCAAUAUUAAUAAAGUUGGUUUAUUUAAGAGCAUCCUCUGUGUUGUUGAAACACCACUUAUUGAAUGGUUGAUAAUUGUCCUCCACGUACUGGAUUUGUUGGCAGAUGCACUAAUACACCACUCCUGCUGUACAAGUCCAUGAUCGUUUCUUGAAAUCUUUGUGGGUAAAUGGAGUUGUACUAUAUAUUAGAAAAAUCCCACAGAAUACUUUUCUCAUACACAUUAUUGUUCGUUGGCUAUUGGUCUGUAGCAUUUGUUCAUUUAGCAUUUUUAGAAAUUGAUUGUCUUAGACUGCUACACUCCCAGGGAACUACUGUGAAAGCUGUAACUGCUUUUCGACUCAUUCUUCAAUUCAGUAUACCCAGUAUCAGUGUUUCAUGUGGAAAUUCUUUGUCCUGUACACUGCAUAUACUGAUCUAAUGUCCCCUUAAAAGCAGCUAUAUUAUUUGCUUGAGCCACUCUAUGUGAUAACAACUUCUACUUACUGUUAAUAAAGAUGAUCCUGUUUGAUGUCGUCUUCACAUUUUAAUACUGAUGGUCUCUAAUUUUGCUCUUUCACACAAGUAGAAACAAAUUGUAAAAUGUUCAAUGUAACAUUAGGAGUUCUGUGGUAAUGGGAGGGAUGCUGUUUAAAUAGCAAUUUAUAAAAUUGUAAGAGGCACAGGGUGAUCAAAAGGUUUAUUUUAGUUGUUUGAGAUGCAUCUUAAUUGCGAAAAUUUUGCCUAAGGUAAUCUGAUUGUAAAAAUUAUUUUAUUUUUUUCACUUAAAUGGAAAACUCAUUGUGGUUGGGCAAAAAGUACUAUUUGACUGUUGCGGGGAUUUUCUAUAUGUAUUAUGUAAUGGGUCUGAACCUACCAAUUAAAAUACGAUAUAUCUAGAACAUUUUUGAUACUCUGAAAAUAAAAUCUUUUUAAACACU